CCCAUAUAUCAAGCCAUUUGAAAAAGAAAUUUUAUCUUGGGAAGCAAAAUUACAACUUUUACAAGAAAUUCUUGAUGAAUGGUUAAAAGUUCAAUCAACGUGGAUGUACCUUGAACCAAUAUUUUCAUCUCCAGAUAUUCAACAACAAAUGCCAGAAGAAGGAAGAAGAUUUAGUGCUGUGGAUAAGAUUUGGAGAGAUUUAAUGAAGACAGUCUUUAGCGACGUUCUGGUUAUGUCCGUUGUUGAAAUAGAUAAAAUGGCGGAAAGGUUAAAGAAGUGUAAUAAUCUUUUGGAAAUGAUUCAAAAGGGCCUAAAUGAUUAUUUGGAAAAAAAGAGACUAUAUUUUCCAAGAUUUUUCUUCUUAUCUAAUGAUGAAUUAUUGGAAAUUUUAUCAGAAACAAAAGAUCCCACUAGAGUCCAACCUCACUUAAAGAAGUGCUUCGAAGGUAUUGCGAAAUUAACGUUUACGGAAGAUAUGGAUGUAACACAGAUGAGAUCAAGUGAAGGUGAAAUUGUUCCAUUGGUAGAUGUUAUCCAGACAGCCUUAGCUCGGGGCCAAGUUGAAAAGUGGUUGGCUGAAUUGGAAACAGAUAUGAAAAAAUCAGUUAGAAACAUGGUUUCGAGUUCCAUUACAGAUUACCCUAAAGUACCUAGAGAACAGUGGGUUCUGAAAUGGCCUGGGCAAUGUGUUCAAUCUGUAGGUUGCACAUUUUGGACAACCGAGGUUACGGCUGCUAUAAUUGAAGGCCUAAGUGCUAUGGAGGCAUACCAUAUUAAGUGUAAUAAACAAAUUACCAAAAUUGUCGAUUUAGUACGUGGAAAAUUAAAUUUACAAAAUAGGAUAACAUUAGGCGCUUUGGUGGUUUUGGAUGUUCAUGCCAGAGAUGUAUUAGAGGGCCUAAUUAUAAGCCAAGUAAAAAAUAUUAAUGAUUUCCAAUGGUUGGCUCAAUUACGAUAUUAUUGGCAGGAUUCCAAUUUGAUUACUUCCAUGAUUAAUUCAACUUUAAAAUAUGGCUAUGAAUAUUUAGGAAAUACAACUCGACUUGUUGUGACCCCAUUGACAGAUAGAUGUUACAGGACAUUAUUUGGAGCACUCCACUUACAUUUAGGUGGUGCUCCUGAAGGACCUGCUGGCACUGGCAAAACUGAAACCACUAAAGACUUGGCUAAAGCAGUAGCUAAACAAUGUGUGGUUUUUAACUGCUCGGAUGGUUUGGAUUAUCUUGCUCUUGGUAAAUUUUUUAAGGGACUUGCAUCAUGUGGCGCAUGGUCUUGUUUUGAUGAAUUUAACCGAAUAGAUUUGGAGGUAUUAUCAGUUGUUGCUCAACAAAUUUUGACAAUUCAGCGAGGUAUUAAUUCAGGAAAUGAAAAAUUAUUUUUCGAAGGAACGGAAUUAAAACUGGAUCAUUCCUGUGCUGUGUUUAUAACCAUGAAUCCUGGUUAUGCAGGGCGAUCUGAAUUGCCAGAUAAUUUAAAGGCAUUGUUUAGAUCUGUUGCUAUGAUGGUACCGGAUUAUGCUUUAAUAUCUGAAAUAGAACUUUACGCCUUUGGAUUUUUAACCGCAAAGCCUUUAUCUGUUAAAAUAGUGGCUACAUAUAGACUUUGUUCAGAACAACUCUCAUCUCAAUGUCAUUAUGAUUAUGGAAUGCGAGCUGUUAAAUCUGUAUUAAGGGCAGCUGGAACAUUAAAAUUAAGAUAUCCCAACGAAAAGGAAGAUAUACUGGUAUUAAGAUCCAUAAAAGAUGUAAAUCUUGCGAAAUUUCUGGUGUAUGAUGUACCGCUAUUUCAGGGUAUUACUUCAGAUUUAUUUCCUGGAGUAGUUUUACCAGAACCAGAUUAUGUUAUUUUAAAUAACGCAGUUAACGAUACAUGUAAGGCUAACAAUAUACAAAAUACACCAUUUUUCUUAGAAAAAACACAACAACUGUAUGAAAUGAUAGUUGUGAGACAUGGUCUGAUGAUUGUUGGAUUUCCAUUUUCUGGAAAAACUACCUGCUAUAGAAUGCUAGCUGAUGCUCUUGGAUUAGUAGAAGAAAGGGGAGGCAUGGAUGAACAUCGAGCAAUUUAUACAGUAAUGAAUCCAAAAUCAAUAACGAUGGGACAAUUAUAUGGGCAAUUUGAUGCAGUUUCGCACGAAUGGUCCGAUGGUGUUUUAGCUGUCAGUUUUAGACAAUUUGCCAUGUCUCAAACAGAUGAUAGGAAAUGGCUGAUUUUUGAUGGACCUGUUGAUGCCGUUUGGAUUGAAAAUAUGAACACAGUUCUUGACGAUAACAAAAAAUUAUGUUUAAUGUCCGGUGAAAUAAUACAGCUUUCAAAUAGUACAAACUUAAUUUUCGAACCAAUGGACUUGGAUGUAGCUUCCCCGGCCACAGUGUCCAGAUGUGGAAUGAUUUAUAUGGAACCUUCGUCUCUUGGUUGGGAGCCUUUGCUACUAUCAUGGCUAAAUAAAUUACCACCUUCAAUAAACACUGAUUUUUAUAAAAAUAUGAUGUUUAGUUUAUUUGUUAGAUUUUGUAUUCCCAUUUUAUGGCUUUUACGUAAAGGUGGGGUCAAGGAAAUUGCAACAACAUCCAAUCACAACCUAGUUCGAGCCACAAUGAAUAUGUUUGAUUGUUUUAUGGACGAUUUUUAUGAUGAAAAGUAUAAGGAACAGGUUUCAGAUUUGGAUGUAAGAGCACAACUGGAAGGAUCAUUUUUCUUUUCGUGUAUUUGGUCUAUGGGCGGAACAUUAGAUAUAAAAAGUAGAGCAAAAUUUAACCUUUUGUUCAGAGGCCUCCUUGAUAGAGAGUUUCCUGAAAAAACCAAAGGUGCUCUUGGUAUACCAUUUGACAUUGCAAAACCUGAAAAGCCUUAUAUAUUUAGCAUGCCGGUUGGAGAAACCGUAUUUGAAUAUAAAUUUUUUAAAGAGGGAAAAGGAAAAUGGAAACUCUGGUCAGACGAAUUAAUCAACGUUGCUCCAAUUCCAAGAGAUAUUCCAGUAAAUCAAAUAAUUGUUACUACAUUAGAAACCAUUCGAAAUAUAGCUUUAAUGUCAUACUUGGUCAAACACCAAAAACCAAUGAUGAUUAUUGGGCCUACAGGUACAGGAAAGUCUGUCUAUGUAGUUGACUUUUUAUUAAAAAAGAAUGAUACAUCGACCUAUGUACCUUUGUUUAUAAACUUUUCUGCACAAACUACAGCCAACCAAACUCAAGAUAUAAUUAUGUCAAAGCUGGAUAAAAGAAGAAAAGGUGUAUUUGGUCCUCCAGUGGGAAAAAAGUGUGUUAUAUUUGUGGACGAUGUUAAUAUGCCUGUCAAAGAAACAUAUGGAGCACAACCCCCAAUUGAAUUAUUAAGGCAAUGGUUUGAUCACGAAAUGUGGUAUGACCGAAAAGAAAUUGUCCCUAUGAAACUCAUAGAUAUACAGUUCAUGUGUGCUAUGUGCCCCCCAGGUGGAGGAGGAAAUACAGUUACCCAAAGAUUCUCAAGACAUUUUAAUCAUGUGUGUAUAGAUGAAUUUCAAGAGGAUGUGCUUGUUAAUAUAUUUAGUAAAAUUAUGUUAUGGCAUUUGGAUACACGGGGAUUUUCUAAAGAUUUUGACCCAUGUAUAGAAGAAAUAGUUUCUGCAACAUUGGAUAUAUAUCAGCAAGCUAGAAUUAAUUUACUACCGACUCCAGCUAAAUCACAUUAUUUAUUUAAUUUAAGGGAUUUUUCGAGAGUAAUACAGGGAGUAUUAUUAUCGGUUCCUGAAGCAAUGGAAGAUUUGUUAGCUAUCAAGCGGUUGUGGAUCCAUGAAGUUUUAAGAGUUUAUUACGACCGUCUCGUAGAUGAUGAUGAUAGAGCCUGGAUAAUUGAAACAUUGAGAACAAUUUGCCAAGAAAGAUUAUUUGAAAAUUUAGAUAAUAUGUUUCAACGCUUAGCAAGUCCUGGAAGUUCCAAAAUUGGAGAAUUUGAACUUCGAAACCUAUUGUAUUGUGAUUUUGCUAAUCCUAAAGCCGAUCAACGCCACUAUAUCGAAGUACUCGACCUGGAUCAACUAAGAGUUAUAGUCGAGGGAUAUUUAAGCGAAUUUAAUAACAUGUCUAAAAAACCAAUGAAUUUGGUUUUAUUUAAAUUUGCAAUAGAACAUUUAUCAAAAAUUUGCCGUAUCCUUAAGCAACCCAGAAGUCAUGCACUUUGUGUUGGUGUUGGUGGAUCAGGAAGACAGUCUUUAACACGGCUUUCAGCACAUAUAUCUGAGUAUGAGCUAUUUCAAGUUGAAAUUACCAGAUUAUAUGGAGUUAAUGAGUGGCGGGAAGAUGUAAAGUCAAUUCUUAGAAGAGCUAGCGCAACCGACCAACAUGGUGUUUUUUUGUUUACUGAUACACAAAUUAAGGAAGAGGCAUUUUUAGAAGAUAUAAGUAAUUUAAUGAAUUCAGGGGAAGUACCAAAUGUAUUCACAGGAGAAGAAAAAGUGGAAUUAUGUGAAAAAAUGCGUCAAUUGGACAGACAACGUGAUAAAUCCAUACAAACAGAUGGAAGUCCAGCUGCCUUAUUUAAUUUUUUUGUACAAAUUGUAAGAGAACAAUUGCAUAUUGUAUUGGCAAUGAGUCCAAUAGGUGAUGGAUUUCGAACAAGAAUUCGGAAAUUUCCAGCAUUGGUUAAUUGUUGUACCAUUGAUUGGUUUCAGUCUUGGCCUGAAGAUGCACUGCUUGCUGUUGCAACUAGGUUUUUGGGAGAAAUAGACAUGGAUGAAAAAGAACGUUCUGUCUGCAUCGAUAUGUGCCAAAUGUUUCAUAUAUCUACACAAUCUCUUUCAGAUGAAUAUUAUCUUCGUUUGGGAAGAAAAAAUUAUGUUACCCCUACAUCCUAUUUGGAAAUGAUAAAUACAUUUAAAACUUUCUUGGCUAAAAAACGACAAGAAAUUCUCGUUGCAAAAAAAAGGUAUGAAGUAGGACUUGAAAAAUUAGACAGUGCUGGAUCUCAAGUAUCUAUUAUGCAGGCUGCUUUGGAAGCACUACAACCUCAAUUAGUUAUUGCAGCCAACAUAGUUGAGGAAACGAUGAAAAAAGUGGAGGCUGAAUCGUCUGAGGCAGCUGUGGUAGAACAAGUUGUAAUGCACGAUGAAGAAGUGGCAAAUGAACAAGCUAAAGCUGCUCAAGCCAUAAAAGAUGAAUGCGAUGCUGAUCUUGCAGAAGCAAUGCCAAUUUUAAAUGCUGCAUUAUCUGCUUUAAAUACCUUAACUCCUGCUGAUAUAACUAUUGUUAAAACCAUGAAAAAUCCACCAAAAGGUGUUAAAUUGGUAAUGGAAGCUGUUUGUAUAAUAAAGGACGUUAAACCAAAUAAGCUACCAAAUCCCAAUGGUGUAGGAACGUAUGAUGAUUAUUGGGGCCCCUCGAUAAAAGUUUUGGGAGAUAUGAAAUUUUUAGAAAACCUUUUAAAUUUUGAUAAGGACAACAUACCCCCAAAAAUAAUGGACAAAUUAAAAAAAGAUAUUUUUACCGACGAAAACUUUGAUCCCGAUAAAGUAAAGGUAGCAUCCACAGCUGCAGAAGGCUUAUGCAAAUGGGUUAUUGCUAUAUCGAAAUAUGAUAAAGUUGCCAAAGUUGUGGCUCCAAAAAAACAAGCUCUAGCGGCUGCUGAAGGUUUAUAUAAUACAGCGAUGGCGGCUUUAGAAGUUAAAAGAGCCCAACUACGUGAAGCCCGAGAAAAAGUUGCAACUCUUGAAGCGAUUUUAGAAGGGGAAAACAAAAAGUUUCAAGCUCUUACUGACGAAGUUAAUUUGUGUCAAUUAAAGCUUCAAAGAGCAGAAGAACUAAUAGGUGGACUUGGUGGUGAAAAGACUAGAUGGAGCAAAACUGCAAAGAAAUUAGGCGAACAAUACUUUAUUUUAACAGGUGAUAUUUUAAUAGCUGCCGGUGUGGUAGCUUAUCUGGGUUCAUUUACAAAUCAGUUUAGAACUAAACAAGUGGAAAUGUGGACGAAUGCUUUAUCAGGAUAUGGAAUCGUAUGUAGCAGUGAUUUUCAAUUGACCCAAGUUUUGGGUGAGCCAGUUGUUAUAAGAGCUUGGAAUAUUUUUGGUUUACCCAGUGAUAACUUCAGUAUUGACAAUGGAAUUAUAAUAACCAACGCAAGACGGUAUCCCUUAUUAAUAGAUCCACAGGGUCAAGCAAACAAAUGGAUUAAAAACAUGGAAAAGAAUAAAAAUCUGGCAAUUAUUAGGUUAAAUCAACCAGAUUAUGUUAGAAUUCUUGAAAAUGCCAUUCAAUUUGGUCAACCAGUUCUACUAGAAAAUAUAGGGGAAGAGUUGGAUCCUAUUUUAGAACCUGUUUUAUCACAACAAGUUUUUAAACAAGGAGGAGCUUUAUGUUUAAAAUUGGGCGAUUCUGUAGUUGAAUAUAACUCUGAUUUUCAACUUUAUAUAACAACAAAACUUCGGAAUCCACAUUAUUUACCUGAAGUGGCAGUAAAAGUAACCCUAGUUAAUUUUAUGAUAACUUCUGCAGGAUUGGUAGACCAGAUUUUAGGUAUAACGGUUGCUAAAGAACGGCCAGAUUUGGAAUCAGAAAAAAAUGCAUUAAUCGUUCAGGGAGCAGAAAACAAGAGGGCCUUAAAAGAAAUUGAAGACAAAAUAUUAUAUAUUCUAUCUACAUCAGAAGGAAAUAUUUUAGAAGAUGAAACUGCUGUUCAAAUUUUAAGUUCGUCAAAAGUUUUAUCCAAUGAAAUUGCUGCAAAACAAGCUGGUGCUGAAGUGACUGAAAAACAAAUAGAUAAAGCUAGAUUAGAAUACAGGCCAAUUGCAGACCAUUCUACUAUUUUAUUUUUUACCAUAGCUGAUCUUGCUAAUAUUGACCCAAUGUAUCAAUAUUCUUUGGUUUGGUUUAUUAAUUUAUUUAAAUCAGCAAUAGAUAAUACUGAAAGAGUCGAAGAUGUAGGACAACGCUUAACAGAUUUGCAAAUAUAUUUUACUUACUCUCUCUACACGAAUAUUUGCAGAAGUCUAUUUGAAAAGGAUAAAAUACUGUUCUCACUAUUAUUGGUUAUUAAUUUAAUGAAAAGCAAAAAUGGAGUUAAAAUAUCUGAAUGGAUGUUUUUGUUAACUGGGGGAGUUGGUUUGGAAAAUCCAUAUCCAAAUCCAUCAACAUGGCUAAUUAAAAAAUCAUGGGAUGAAAUUUGUCGACUGGACGAACUAAGCAACUUUAGCGGAUUAAGAAAACAUAUCGAAUCAAAUUUAUCUGGAUGGAAAUCCAUUUUUGAUUCUGGGGAACCUCAAAAUAUACCAUUACCUGAACCUUGGAAUACAAAAUUAAACACUUUUCAAAAAAUUAUUAUUUUAAGAUGUAUAAGAUUUGACAAAAUUGUUCCAGCCGUGCAAAAUUUUAUAAUUGAAAAAUUGGGAAAAGAAUUUAUUGAACCUCCUCCAUUUGAUUUAUCAUCAUCAUUUUCUGAUUCUCAUGCUUGUAUUCCUUUAAUAUUUAUUUUAACACCUGGGGCUGAUCCAACAGCUGUUUUACUAAAAUUUGCUGAUGAUCAAGGAUUUGGGCAGGGAAGAUUAUUUGCUUUAUCACUAGGACAAGGGCAGGGUCCAAUAGCUAUUAGGCUUGUCGAUGAUGGUGUUAAAAAUGGUACAUGGGUAGUCCUUCAAAAUUGUCAUUUAGCAAAAAGCUUUAUGCCUGCCUUAGAAAGAAUAUGCGAAAAUUUGACUCCCGACUCCACUCAUCCUGACUUUCGACUAUGGCUCACAUCAUAUCCGGCUGAUCAUUUUCCUGUAUCUGUAUUACAAAAUGGAGUAAAAAUGACCAAUGAACCUCCGAAGGGAUUAAGAGCUAAUAUUAACAGGUCCUACUUAAGUGAUCCAAUAUGUGAUAUUGAGUGGUUUGAAAGUUGUAAACAAAGUUUGGCUUUUAAAAGACUUCUUUUUGGACUUUGCUUUUUUCAUGCAUCUGUACAAGAAAGAAAAAAAUUUGGACCAUUAGGUUGGAAUAUACCAUAUGAGUUUAAUGAAACAGAUUUAAGAAUUAGUGUCAUGCAGCUUCAGAUGUUUUUAAAUCAGUAUGAGGAUGUUCAAUAUGAUGCUCUACUUUAUUUAACUGGAGAGUGUAAUUAUGGUGGUCGCGUAACUGACGAUUGGGAUAGAAGAUGUUUGUCCACAAUAUUGCAUAAGUUUUAUUGUAAAGGAAUUGUUGAAGUCCCAAACUUUCCACUAGAUCCCUCUGGUAAAUAUUAUUGUCCAGAUAAGGAGGAUUAUGAAGAUUUUAUAAACUAUAUUAGAUCAUUGCCAUUAAUUUCUCAUCCAGAAGUAUUUGGGAUGCAUGAAAAUGCUGAUAUUUUAAAAGAUCAGCAAGAAAGCGGUUUACUUUUUAUGAAUACACUAUUAACACAGGAUGCAAUGUCAUCAUCUAGCUCACAAAAAUCACCGGACGAACUUUUAUUAGAAGUUUCAUCGGAUAUUUUAUCUAGACUUCCUUUGAAUUACGAUCGUGAAGCAGCAAUGGAAAAAUAUCCAGUUUCCUAUUCCCAAAGCAUGAAUACAGUUUUGGUGCAGGAAAUGCUUAGAUUUAAUAUUUUACUAACUACAAUUAGAGAAAGUUUAAAAAAUGUACAAAAGGCCAUAAAAGGAUUAAUCGUGAUGUCUACUGUAUUGGAAGAAGUUGCUUCUAGCAUGAUGACCGGAAAAAUUCCAAAUGUAUGGGCGAAACAUUCGUACCCUUCGUUAAAACCGUUGGGAGGUUAUGUAGCGGAUUUUUUACAAAGACUGGCUUUUUUGCAGAAAUGGUAUGAAGAAGGUCCACCAGUAUCAUUCUGGAUUUCUGGAUUUUAUUUUACUCAAGCCUUUUUAACAGGAGCUCAACAGAACUUUGCAAGAAAAUAUACUAUUCCCAUUGAUCUACUGAUAUUUGAUUAUGAGGUUAAAAAGGAAACAACAUUUAACAAGUCUCCGAAUGAUGGGGUAUAUGUUUAUGGUCUAUUUUUAGAUGGAGCAAGAUGGAAUGAAAAAACAGGGGCUUUAGAUGAAUCAAUGCCAAAAGUUUUAUAUGAACCAGUUCCAAUUAUUUGGUUAAUUCCAUUAAAGAAAGAUGACUUUGUAGAAAAAAAUACCUACAAAUGUCCUGUUUAUAAAACUUCCGAAAGAAGAGGAAUAUUAUCAACAACAGGACACUCAACAAACUUUGUGAUUGCUAUGUUAUUACCAACCAAUAAACCUGAAGAACAUUGGAUUCGAAGAGGUGUUGCUAUGCUUUGCCAAUUGUCGCAGUAAUAUUUUAAAUUAUACACAAUUUGUAAGAAUAUUUAAUAAAAUAAUAAAAACACUAGGUACCUAUAAUUUUUUGAAUAGUAUCCCGG